UUGCUUAGAGUCACCGAUCCAGGAGAGGCGAGGUGGCUUUGGGAGGAGGGGACUGCCCGGGACACCAGAGCGACAGCCAAGAGCUAGAGGAAGGUCCCCGUGCUGCCCUGGCCUGAGCUCCCAUGGUCCCCCUUUCUGUUUCGGUCCCUCCUGUGCCUCAUGUCUCAACUGAUAUCAGAGCCUUGCCUGGGCGCCCCCCCCCCGCCCCCGCUAUUCCCUGGGGCCUGUAAAAAUAAACCUUUUAAUGCUUCCGAUUAAACGAUUUGAUUUCAGACUUAAAAAUAUUGUAACCGUGCAGCUCCAAGAGCUCUCAGAAAUGCUUUAGGACAACUUCCUACUUCCAGGCCAGUAUGAGAUAACCAGAGUCAGCCCUCCUCCAAAUAAUCUCUUCGGUACACAGCCAUCCGAGUCUUGCAAACAAGGUCAGUUGGGUGCAAACCACAAGGACUUUCCAGGCAGAAGAAGGCACAGGGUCAGGGCAGAGCACGUCGGGCACCACGGGAGCCUGGGUCUGUGAGCGAACUUGGCAAUGACGCGCCUGGAAGAACUUUCUCCACGGUCUGAUCCACAUCAGAGGCUCCAGCGAAUGUGAUCCAAAGCCCUGAAGGUGCCUCCAUGGCUGGUUCCGAGCCCGUUGCCUUUCCUGACUGCCCUUUCGCCUUGUGGCCAUGCCUCAGAAAAUGAGAAACCUAAAUUCGUUGUGCCCUUCCCAUCAUCAUACGGCAAAGGAGCCGGUGGAAGACACAGACCCUAGCACUUUAUCCUUUAACAUGUCAGACAAAUAUCCCAUUCAAGAUACGGGACUCCCUAAAGCUGAGGAAUGUGAUCCCAUUACGUUGAACUGCCCAACAGAUUCUGAUGUGCAACAUCAGGGAGAAGAAAAUGGCUUUCCAGACAGUACUGGAGAUCCCCUUUCAGAUAUAAGCAAAGGCGAGUCCUGCAAGGAGAACUGUACUUGUCCCGCCUGCUCGCUCCGGGCCCCGACCAUAAGUGACUUACUCAAUGAUCAGGACUUGCUUGACGUCAUCAGGAUAAAGCUGGAUCCAUGUCACCCGACAGUAAAAAACUGGAGGAAUUUUGCCAGCAAAUGGGGCAUGCCCUAUGAUGAACUGUGUUUCUUGGAGCAGAGGCCUCAGAGCCCCACCUUGGAGUUCUUGCUGCGGAACAGCCAGAGACCAGUGGGCCAACUGAUGGAGUUGUGCAGAUUCUACCACAGGGCUGACGUGGAGAAGGUCCUGCACAGGUGGGUGGACGAGGAGUGGCCCAAGAGGGGGCGUGGAGACCACCCCAGGAACUUCUAGACCUCCGCUUCUUCGUACUGGCCUCUUUGGACCUUGAGCCAGGCACAGGACCUUGAAACAACCACAGGUUGAGGAUCUGUCCUUUUUUUUUUUUUUUUUUUUAAGAGUUUAGGAUAAGGACACGGAACCGUGGACAUUGGUUUUCCCCAAAGCUGGUGGUUUUUUUGGAGGGGUAGGUUAUGUUUUGGUGGCGGAUUUUUGUUUAGUUUUGCACCUCGGUUUUAAUUUAAUAUUUGAACCUGGAAGCGGGAAAGAUACUUUGUAGACUUCUAUAGGGGCCUGGGCCAAAGUCUACAAUCGGAGUGGAUUCAUGCCAUGAUGAAAAUAAAAUUAUCCUCUCCCUUCAAUGCUGUGGAAGAUUAAAAUAAGAACUAGGAUUGUUGAUGGCCCCAGUCGAUCGUCAUCCAUGGGCUCCUUCAGGAUGGACAGCACUCCCACAGCUGACAAGAAAACAGCACAGAGAAGUUACCUGUUUUGGUCGUAAAGUGCUUAGGUGAAGUAGCAGGAUAUUGGUGUUAUGGGGCCGUACCUUCACACCGUAUGUGCCGUCUCUUUUAUACAAAUACUUUGGUAAUCUGUGCACUAUCAAAAAUGUCAUUUGCUCAAGCAUUUUUGGAAGAAAUGCAAAAUUGGUGGUGGGAAGAGAGAGUCAGGAUUCGGGGGGAAUAAGGACCUUGGGCAUGGUGUUUGACAAAGAGAGUACACCAAAUGCCCUUUGUUACCCAAGACUUUUUAAAAAUUAGUUUAAUGUUUACUUUUACAUCUUUUAUAUAAGGCUGAGGGUUUCACGCCUGAGAUCAAGCUCAGUGAAGAAAUAAACAUCACCUGGCCCAUGGCUGCAACCUAACCACUCUUCUAGCACCUGCUAUCCCAACUGGAAACAGGGCCACUUGUAACAAGCACUACCUAGCGGUUUAGCCAAGAACCGGGAAUCGGUACUAAAAUCCAAACUUCAAAGGAUUUUAAACCAAAUGAAAAAUUGGGUCCAAACAAUAUCUGGUGUUCUUAUUUGGUGGCUUAAGGGGAGGUAAAGUGUGGAGGAUGGGAGGGUUUGUUACUAGAGAGAUCCGAUAUUCUCGAUUUUUUACAGGGUAACAGAUGCAAGGCAAAGCCUUGGCUUGCUUGACAAUUUCAUAAAAGCGCUAUUUGGUUUUGGCUGUGGGUUCAGACAACUAAGGCUCUUCUUUCGGUUUGGUGGUAUUCUGUCUACGUCCCUGAUUAAAACAAGCAAAAAUGAUGAAGAGCAUUGACUGGAGUACAAAAAAGAUUAGGAAUAACGCAAAAGAAAAUUAUUUUCUCAACCACUAACGUAGUUUUCCACGAACAGUUUUAGCGGGUUUUAUUAGGUUGCUAAUAUAUACAGUCAGCUUCGCUACCAAAUGUAAACUCUAAACUAGCAAAAUCUAUGGAGAUUUACUCAUCACUUCUCCUUCAGGGUUCAUCACACCCAGCUCAUCUUCCCUUGUCUGAUUUAUCAGAUAAAUGUCAGGUUUAUCACAGGAUGUAUUUAAAGGAGCAGCCCGUAAUAAAAUGUGGAGAUUUUUAAAAAUAGGUUUUUCAGCAGUUGAUGUCCAGUGAGGGAGUCGUUAAAUAAUUAUUGUCAGCCAUGCUCCAGGCGCCAUACAGAACUCAUUAAAGGGGCUCUAAUCUUCUAGGAAUUUGAUUUUUAUGCUCCAUGUUCUCAUUAAGCUACACGCGACACGCCCCCCCCCCCCAUAUGUUAGCCCAAAAUGUGCUGGGGAAAAAUAUAGAGGAGCUUUCGGUAUUUGUUAUUGACAACGCUAGGGAAAAGGGUUGUGAUUAUUCAGUGCGGCGUGGUAUGGACCCCCAGCAGGGGAUGCCGUCACCUUGUGUCCCACCACCCUUAGGAUACAAGGAGGGGAUCCCAGCCUGACCAAUGUCCUGCCGACCGCUGCCUGGCCAGUGCCACAGAAAGUCCCUCCCCUCUCCGUGCUGCUGGGGAACUCCAUCUUUGCACAGUACCCUCCUAACCGUCUCCGUCCUGGCAGACUCGUCACCCCGGCUCAGCACCAGGCUGCAGAGGCUCUGGCCAGGUAGAAGCAGUGGGGAGAGCCCAGAGGGAGGGGGACGGGAGGGAAAAGCCCUUUGGCUCCCUUUCCUCAGCUGGCUCCUCCC